AUGACUAGCAUUAGAAGUGAGCAUAUCUCAAUCGCACUUUUCCUUCCAGUGGUGCUGUCUGAUCCUGAGACGAUUCAGAUUGCGGAUUAUUCUUGGAUCCUCGACGUCGAUAAGAUCCGCGUUUCCGUCGUCUUGAAUAUGACGAUUGGAUCGGUUUAUAGGGCAGCGGAGAAUUUAGAGAGUGCUCAAAUAAGAUCAUGCAUUCUGUCAUAUAGUUCAACUUGUAUUGGCAACCAUGCGUCUGGUUCAAUUGUUGUAGGUCUGGAGGGCAUAAAGGAGAACAAAAUUGCAUAUUUGGUGUAG